AUGCAGGAGCUCGCCGCCGCCCCACGGCCCGCCACCGCCGGCCAGAGAGCUCCCAGCAUGAGAGAGGAUACAAUUCCAAGCCGUCUCCGUGUUCUCAUCCACAUCCAGAGCCAAACGACGUGCACCUCGACGGCGCCAGCCAUGUCCGCUGCAUACGACCGGGCAGCCGAGCUCCGCGCGCUGGACGCCACCUUCUCCGGCGUCCGCGGCCUCGUCGCCUCUGGUGUCACUCACGUCCCCCGCAUCUUCCGCCUCCCAGACCACCACCAACAACCACUGCAUGAGCCCAUCCACCCCUCCUGCCAAGAAACGCCAGCGGCGCCGUCGUCGAAGUAUGUACCGGUGAUCGACAUCGGCGCCGGGGACCGCACCUCCGUGGUCGCGGCUGUCGGGCGCGCCGCGUCGGAGUGGGGGUUCUUCCAGGUGACGGGCCAUGGCGUGCCUCUGGAGUCAAUGGCCACGGCGGUAGACGCGGUGCGGGGCUUCCACGAGGCUGGCGGCGGCGAGGGCAGCGACAAGGCUAGGCUCUACUCGCGCGAGCCCGCGAGGGCGGUGAAGUACCACUGCAACUUUGACCUGUACCAGUCACAAGUGGCUAACUGGCGUGACACGCUCUACCUCCGCAUGGCGCCCGACCCGCCCCACGCCGGCGAACUGCCAGAAACCUGCCGGUGA